AUGUUAGACGAAACUGAAAAGCCUUCAACACUAUCCACUUUACCAAACAACAAGCCAAUUUUGAAAUCUUCUUCGCAACUACUCACCCAACGAAAGAAGAGUAAGAAGGAAGAAUUGUCCACAGUUUCCUAUUCUUCGAAUGCAAAAAGUUUACACACAAUGGAUGUGCUCCGAUUAUUGAGAGAGUCAUCCGAUGUGGAAAAUAGAAUUCGAAAAAAUCAUAGAAUUUUGGAGAGAACUUCGUUUUUUGGUGGUUUUUCUGAAAUGGAAUUUGUUUGGACCUUUUUAACUGUUUUAGGAGUUUUGGGAGGAAUGAUUGGAUUUUGUUUGGACACUUUGGUAGACUAUAUCUUUAUUGGAAGAGAUUCAAUGAUAGAAGGGAUGGUUGGUGCAUCUCCUUCAUUGAAAAUGUUUGUCUGGAUUUUAUAUAACUUGGCAUUUGUGAUUUUUUCAGUAUUACUGACACUAUGGGUCUCUCCAAUUGCUGAAGGAAGUGGAAUCCCUUCUGUGAAAGCUAUUUUGACUGGUGUGGAUAGCUUGAAGGAACCGCUUAGUUUUAAAAAUCUCUUGAUAAAAGUUAUAGGAGUACCGUGUGUGGUGGGAUCAGGAUUGUUUUCUGGAAAAGUGGGUGGUAUGAUUGCCAUUGGUGCAGCUCUAGCAGACAACCUUUUGAAACUGAAACCUUUUCGUGCCAUGAGAAAGAAUAAGACUCUUCGUGUACAAUUAAUUGGUUGUGGAUGUGCUCUUGGAGUUGGAGCAGUUUUUGGAACACCUGCCGGUGGUGUCUUGUUUGCACUGGAAGCAGUCGGAACGUACUAUAGCUUGCGUAACUACUUGAAGAAUUUUUAUGUAGCACUCAUUGCUGCCUAUGUCUCACGUCUUUUGCACUCCUGGCACGAAUAUUCAAUUUUACUAGUGCCUGUUUAUAAUGUUAAUUUGGAUGUACCAUCAUUCACUGUGAUGGACUUCCUUUCUCUUGGAUUUUUAGGAAUUGUUAUGGGACUUUUAGGAGUGUUGUUUACAUUUUUGAAUGAGAAAUUGUUAUGGCUUCGAAACAAAAUUGGUCGAAGAUAUUUCCUCUUCUUUAGAAGAAAACAUUUCAACAUGGAAGACCAAAGAGCAAGCUCAGAUUCCUCAAAUAUCCGCUUACCUUUGUUCAAACUCAAUUUUUAUGUGAUUGGAAAAUUCAUGUCACUCUCCCCAGGAACACUCAUUGAAGACUUGAUGUUGAACAAGCCCUUACUAAAAGAAAACGGAGCCCAAGGAGAAUGGAUUCCUGCAGCACUCUCUGAUAAAAUCAGUGAGGCCAGUAUGGACACAAUGCCUUUCGAGUACUAUGCUGAAGUAUUCAAGAAUUUGGCGCUUUUCAUUCUCGUUCGUGUGAUUCUUACGCCACUCUCUGUCUCGUUACCACUUCCAACAUGUAUCUAUGUCACAUUACUGAUUAUGGGUGCAGGUAUUGGAAGAUUUUGGGGAGAAUUGCUGGCCUUUGCACUUCCCGAUGGAUGGUCAGCCAUUGCUGAUACAGAAAAGGCCUAUUCUUAUAUUCGCCCAGGAGCCUACGCACUCGUUGGUGGUUUGGCACUUUCUGCAAGCGCCACACAAGCAUUCAGUACUGUCUUUAUGUUUUUAGAAAUUGCUGGAAUGGGUGUUCACUGGCCUGCAUGUUUGGCUAGCUUGGUUGCUGUGAAAAUUUCAAGAGCCCUUUACUACUCUGCCUAUGACGCUCAAAUUAAGCUGAGAGGAUGGCCAGCUCUAUUAGAAACAAAAACUGACAGCGAAGACAUGAAAGUUAGAGAUAUUAUGACCAAUGUGGAGAAGAUGAUUAUUUUGGAGGAAAAAACGACUUUUAACGAGUUGGAAGAAAUAUUCGAAUCGAAAGAUACCAUCCCUAAGACUUUCCCAGUUGUUAACACGAAAAAGGAUUUAGUAUUACUUGGUGUUGUGAGCGUCAUUCAAUUGAGAACACUAUACGACACAAAGAAGGAAGAAUUAGCUUCAAUAAUUCUUCAAUUAGAAGCACAAAGGCAAAAGGAGCUGCAAAAAGCGAACCAUCAAAACAACAACAGCACUGCUGUGGUCACUGAACAACAAGUGCCUUCAUCAUCUACGACCAUAGAUUUUGAUAAUUUACCCGAAUUAUCUCUUGACGAGAUCAAACAAGGUAUUGGCAAGCCUGUGACCACUUCAAACUACUUUUAUGACAUUUUCGAUGAAUUUAUCGGAUUUAAGGAUUAUGUUGGACAAGCUGAAAAUAUCGAACAAGCUCAUGAAGAAGAAGAGGGCAAUGAAAUUUUCCAAAAAAUUGAACAAAUGACAGGUAUCGAUGCAUUGAACAAGACUCCCUUGAUGGAUGAGCAAGGAAAUACUGUCAGCAGCUCUCAAUCCGUAGAUAGCAUUGAACUAGAAGAAUCUGCACCUGAAAUGGAAGCCGUUCAAGAAAAGAAGAAACAACCCAUCCGAUUAGAUUAUGACACUUGUCAAAUUAGCAUUGCUGAAGAUACACCUGCUAUUAUUGCUCACUUGUUGUUCUCUCAACUGAGAUUAGAUGACGUAUUUGUGUUGUGGAAUGGUAGAGUCAUUGGUCAACUGCAUCGUGAAGUAUUAAUUAAGGGUAUUUCUGAAAAGAAGAAUUUAUUCUCAAAAAUUUCAGAAAUGAAAAAGACCAAGUAG